ACCAAGUUAGCAAGCUAGGAGCUAGCUAGCAGAAACAGACCGACCUGACACCCCGAAACACAGGUAGCUAGCUAUACUAGCAAUCGUGGUAGUGAUAAUAUUGUCACUGAAUUCAAAUUAACAGUGUUAAGAGAAUAGCAACCAUGUCUGAUGGAGAGGGUUACGUGGUGCGUGUGAGAGGCCUACCAUGGUCCUGCUCUGUGGAGGAAGUACGGAGAUUCUUCUCAGAAUGUAAAAUCGCCAACAAUGGCACCAGCAUCCAUUUUACCUCCACACGUGAGGGCCGACCCAGCGGAGAGGCCUUCGUUGAGCUGGAGAAUGAGGAUGACCUGAAGAUCGCUGUGAAGAAGGACAGAGAAACCAUGGGCCACAGAUAUGUGGAAGUAUUCAAAUCCAACAACGUGGAAAUGGACUGGGUGAUGAAACAUUCUGGUCCAAACAGCCCAGAAACGACUGGAGACGGCCUAGUCAGGCUUCGAGGCCUCCCCUUCGGCUGCAGCAAGGAGGAGAUUGUCCAGUUCCUCUCAGGGUUGGAAAUCGUGCCAAAUGGGAUAACAUUGCCGCUGGACUUCCAGGGGAGGAGUACGGGGGAGGCCUUCGUGCAGUUUGCUUCACAGGAUAUAGCUGAAAAGGCUCUAAAGAAACACAAGGAAAGAAUAGGGCACAGGUACGUUGAGAUCUUCAAGAGCAGCCGUGCCGAGGUGAGGACCCACUACGAACCCCAGAGGAAACCUAUGGGGAUGCAGAGACCGGGGCCCUAUGACAGACCGUCUGGGGGCCGUGGGUACAACAUGAUGGGGGGCCGAGGAGGGGGCUCCUACGACAGGACUAGACGCGGAGGCUAUGGUGGAGGUGUGUCUGAUGGGCGGUAUGGUGACAGUAGCUCCUCCUUCCAGAGCACCACAGGUCACUGUGUUCACAUGAGGGGUCUGCCCUACAGAGCCACAGAGACUGACAUCUACAAUUUCUUCUCUCCUCUGAACCCAGUGAGAGUGCAUGUGGAGAUCGGUCCUGACGGCAGAGUGACAGGAGAGGCUGACGUGGAGUUUGCUACACAUGAGGAUGCUGUGGCAGCCAUGUCGAAGGACAAGGCCAAUAUGCAGCACCGCUAUGUGGAGCUAUUCCUGAACUCUACAGCAGGGGGCAGUAAUGGCUCGUACGGCAGUCCGAUGCAGGGGGGUAUGGGGAGCCAGUCCUCCUAUAGCAGUGGAGGGCUGAGCUCUGGAUACUCUGGAGGCUACAGCAGCCAGGGCAGCAUGGGAGGUUACAGUGACUAUAGUAACCAGGGCGGUAUGAGCAGCAGUUACUAUGGCGGCAGUGGAGGAGGCAGGAGUUCCAAUGGUCUGGGGUCAGGAUGGGGGAUGUAGGUCUUUAAUCCAGCAUGUGUUCGGAUGGAAGGACUGGAAUUGUAGUUCUCACCUGGUCUUUUGGAUGGGUUUUGUAGUUCUGAGCCAAUUUAUAGUGAGGGUUGGGAAAUGUUUUGUUUUAGACUGAUUGUAUUCAUGAUUGAGCCUCCUUUUGAAGUUAGGUUGGUAGAAAUUAGAGCCGUUUUGUUUCCAUCCUCUCCUACUGUUGUUAAUGACAUGACUGCAGCAACACAAACUGUAUGAUACUGCAGCAACACAGACUAUGACCGUGGUUGUUUCGUCAUCGUUACCAGGAAGUGUGUUUUAACGAAGAUUCAAAACAACCAACUCUGAUUGACCCAGUCUGUUUAUUUAACCCGAGCAUUAAGUAACUGACUGCAGGGUUGGGGUAAAUUCAAUUUAAAUUCCAGUCAAUUCAGAAAGUAAACCAAAUUCCAAUUCUACAUUUUCAUAAGUGAAAAGCAUUGACCCUGCCUGACUGUCAUAUGAGUGUAUGAACCAACACUUCUGUAAAUAGUAUUCUAGAUGUUCCUGGACUUUUCUCCAGUAGCUGCAAAAAUAUCUAGCCUUUGUUGAAGUCUGAAACAAUGUUAAAAUAAUGGUGUGUGAAGUUGACAUUUUACAUGGUGAACAAAGAGCACAUUUAAGUUAGUUUUAUAUUGAAGUGAUUGUUAUGGGAGGGUUUGGGGGGAAUUCUCCACGAGGGAUGGAUGCUUUACUUAGUUGGCAAACAAACCUUACGUUUUUCUGUUAUAAAGGUUUCUUUCUACUGCCUAUGCAGAAUUCUUUGUAUUUCUUGUAAGGUGCACAAGAGUGAAUACAAUUUUAAGAUGUAUACAUGUCUUUGAGGUGAGUAGUUUCCCAUACAGUCAAGAAGAAACUCAUUCAGAUAAGUUUUUAUUAAAUAUCUUGAUAGAAAACAUUGCUCAAAACACGCCCCAAUGACUGGUCAGAAAAUGGCUGUUAGUAUGCACAAAACUCAUUAUAUACAUUCUAAAAUAGACAUGAUGUGUUAAGAACAUUCUGUAGUCAUCCGUUCCUUUGCCUCACGAAGUGAAACUUUCACAUGAUUCUAUCUAUAUAAAUCAGCUCUAAGACCUUUUCAAAACUCCUGCUCUAAAUUACUAUAAUAAAGUCAAUCAACGUUGCUUUUCUUGAA